AUGUCUUCCUACACAAGUAGAUAUAGACCAUCCACGCUUGGUUCAAGUGGUAUAGGUUAGAAUCAAGCUGCUACAACAUAAUCUAGCUAUCGAACAUAAGUCACAACAACUACAACAUCUUCUAAUUUAUCUGUACCACAAACGACCACUACAAGUACAUUUGAGAGAUCUGAAGGAAGAAGAUCAAGUACAAUAAAAGCACCACCAGCUACAGCGUAAAUAGUUAUUUAUAUGAAGUGUUCAAAUGGCACCACCAUCAGGGGAGAGAAAAUGGUUAGGAAAAUACCCAGAAGUUGUGUGUUUCCUUUUAGCAAUGGAGAAUGAUCGUAUAAUGAGAGAAAAUGAUGCUUUAAUUAAAAGAAUAAAGGAAUUAGAAAGUUAAAGUGAAGGUGGAGAUGUGAGAGUGAGAGAAUUACAAGCAAAAUUAGAUUAAGCAAAUAGAGAUAUAACGCAAUACAAAUCUGAAAUUGAUAAACAUUUAAUAAGAAUAAAGUAAUUGGAGACAGAAAUUGCUGAUUUUAAGUCACGAUUAGGAUAAGUUGAUAAUUCACUUGCUUAGAGAUUAAAGGAUGCUGAACGUAAGAUCACAGAUUAUGAAAGAGAUAUAAAUUAAUGGAAGAGUAAAUAUUAAACAGAUAAAUCAUCAUGGGAUUCAGAAAUGAAGAGAUUAUAAGAUUUAUUAACUUAAAGAUAGAGAGAAUUGGAUGAUUUAAAAAAUAAUUCAGGUAGGAAUUUGGAUGGAUUAUAAAAAUAAAUUAGAGAUUAUGAAGUUAGAAUUAGAGAUUAUGAAAAUAAAUUUAAUACAUUAUAAUCAGAAAUAGAUAGAUUAACUAAAUUAUUAAAUGAAAGAAAUGCUGAAAAUGAUAAGUUAAAGAAUGAUUUAAAAAAUAAGUUACUUGAAUGUGAUGAUUGGAAAAAUAAAUAUAAUACUUUAUAAUAAUAAUUCACUACAAUGAAAUCUUAAUAUGAAAGUAAAAUAGCUGAUUUAGGUAAUUAAUUAUAAUAAAGGGAUCGAGAUCUAAAUGAUUGGAGAAAUAAAUAUUCAACACUUGAGAAUAAAUACAAUAAUUUAGGAAAUUAAUAAAAUGGAUCAGAAUAGAAAUUAAAUUAAUUAACAUAAUUAUCAUAAUAGUAAGUUAGAGAAAUUGAUAGAUUAAAUGGAUUGUUGAGAGAUAAGGAUGCUUAAAAUAAUUCAUUAAAGGAAAAGUUGGCAAGAGCAGAAUAAGAUAAUAAAAAUUUAUUAGAUUAAAUUAAUCAAUUAAAUCAAAUGAUUAAAUAAUUAAAUAGAGAAAUUGAGAAAUUAUAAGGAGAUUUAAAUGGCAGAAUUAAUGAAAUCAAUUAUUUAAAUUAAUAGCUACAAAAAUGCAAUGACAAUAUACGUAAUCUAGAAGAUUAAAUUAAUAAAUUAAAUGAUGAUAUAAUGAGUAAUAGAGAUGAAAUUAUGAGUCUUAAAAGUCAAAAUGAAUAGUUAACAAAUAGAAUUAAUGAAUUAAAUGAAAAAGCAGGAUAAUAAUAAGGAGAUUUACAUGCAGCUAAUUCAGAAAGAGAAGAAAAAGAACUUACUAUUAAAUAAAUUUAAGAAUAAUUAGAUUAGUUAUUAACUGAUAAAUAGAUUAUGGAAUAAUAAUUAAAUGAUUUAAGAAAUGCACUUCAAUAAAAGAAUGAUGAUAUUAGUAGAUUAAAUUAAUAGAAUAAAUAAAGAUUGUAAUAAUUAAUGGAUUUAUAAAAGAAAUGUACAGAGUUAGAAUACACUAUUAGUGAAUUAAGAGGUGUAGAAAUGAAAUGCAGAUUAUUGGAAGAUAAAAUUAAUGAAUAUCAAAAAUUGAUAGAUGAUUUGAAGAGAAGAGUUGCUUAAUAAGAUUUAUAAUUAUUGUAAGCAUAAGCAAAUGAGAAGAGAUUAUAAGAUUAAGAUAUACUUAUAUAAAAUUAAGCUAAAGAAAUUUAAAGACAAAAUGAUUAAAUUACUACAUUAUUGAAAGAAAAUGAUUAAUUGUAAUAAUAAAUUUUAUAAUUGGAAAAUGAAAUCAAUAAAUUAAGAUCAUUAGAGAAUUACGUUUCUGAUUUAGAGAAAUAAUUAUAAAAUGCAUAAGAUGAAUUAAGUAAAUUAAAAUAAUUACUUGAUUCAAGAACAUAAGAUUUAAAUGAUUGGAAACUAAAAUAUUAAUAAUUAUAACCUUUAGAAGAUUAAUAUCGAAUUUUAGAGGAAAGAUAUAAAUAAGCAGAAUAAAGAGUUUAAUAACUUUAGAAUGAUAUUGAAAAAUUAAACAAAGUUAUUUAAUAAAAUUAAAUUGAUAUUGAAACUCACAAAUGGAAUUUGAAUUAGUAAGAAAUGACAAUGAAAGUUAAAGAUGAUGCUUUGGAAGCAUUAAGUGAAAGAAUGAAUAAUUUAGUUCAUGAUUAUGAAGAAGAGAGAAAGAAGACUUAGGAUUAUGAGUAAUUAUUGGCUUAACACUAAUAAACUUUAGACAAAUUAUCUUAAGCAGAAACAUAAAUUAGUAACUUAAACAGUGAUUUGAAUAAUGCUAUAAAAGAUAUUGAAUAAUUAUAGAGUGAGAAUCAUGAUAUGAGACAAGAUCUAUAAGAAUUAGAAAGAUAAAUUUAAGAGUUUAAAUAAAAUGAAGCCAGAUACAAAGAUAUUGAAAACAAAUUUAAUUAAUAAUUAAAAGAUAUUGAAAGAUUGACUGAAUAAUUGAGAGAAAAAACUCAUUAAUUUGAUGAAUUAAAUUCAUAGUUUGGAGCUUUGGAUCUAUAAUUAUAACAAGCAAACUAAACUAUUGAUGAAUUAAAUAGAAGGUAUAAAUUUAAUAUAAUUAAUAGAAUUGCUGAAUUAGAAUAGAUGAAGAGAGAACAUGAAGUUUUGAAGACUUAAACAGAUUAAUUGGGCAAUUUAAAUAAAUAAUAUUCAGCUGAUUUGGAUAGAUUAAAUGCAAUUGUAAAUUAAAGAUAGAAGGAAUUAGAAGAAUUACGUUAAUUGAUGUAGAAAUUAGAAGAAAGAAUAACAUAUUUAACUCCAUUUGAAGAAAAAGUAUAUAUAUAUAUGAAUAUUCUUAGUUCCAAGUUUUAUCACCAAAAUAUUAAGAAUCAUAAGAGAUAGUUGAAAGAUAGAAAGAAGAUAUCAAUAAAUAUUAAGAACAAUUAAAGACUGUAGAUGAAUUAAAUAAAAAGUAAGAUAUUUAUAAAUAUUUAAAGAGUUUAAGAUUGUAUGAUGAUUUUAACAAUGCAAUUUACAGAAUGUGAAGGAUUGAGAAGUUAAUUGGAAGAGAAGGACAAUCUAAUUGCAAAUCUUCAAUAAUAAUAGCAUUAAUGAU